CAUGAGAUAAGCAUUGCCCCGAGAAAGGGUUAAAGGUUUAUCAGACUAAAUGUGAAUAUAUAAGUAACGUAUGCAUAACCACUGAAACAGUACUGUUUAAAGUACGUAGUGAAUACGUUUAAAGUGUAACGGUGGUAAUCAUGGCAUCAAAGAAGAUUGUACGAAAAAUAAUAUCAUCUUCAUUGAGUCCAAAGCCCGUCGGACCGUACAAUCAAGCAGUACUUGCAGACAGUACUUUGUAUUUAUCCGGAGUUCUUGGGGUCGAUGUGAAUACUAAUAAACUUGUCGACGGAGGUGCCAUUGCUGAGGCUCGUCAAGCUCUUAAAAAUAUGGGAAAUAUUCUGAAAGAAGCUGGAUCAAAUUAUGACAAAGUUGUUAAAGCAACCAUCUUUUUAAACGAUAUAAAUGAUUUUGCCGGAGUUAAUGAAAUUUACAAAGAAUUUUUCACACAAAAUUAUCCAGCUCGUUCUACAUAUCAAGUUGGAAAGUUGCCUAUGGGAGCUCAAGUUGAAAUUGAAGCUAUUGCUGUUGUUGGAGAAGUAGAAACAAUUUCUAUGUUGUAAGUCAAGAUUAUGUUACAAAUAUGUUACAUC